CCGUACUGUGUGCUGCAUAUAAAAAUCAGUUGACUGCGAGAUAACAAACCUUACAGAUAUUUACGUUUAUCAAAUAUUGUGCAAAAUCAUUCCAUUUAAUUUAAACAAAAAUUAUAUAAUUUUUUAUAAAAAAAAAGGAAUAAAUAAAACCAAAAAAAAAUUAAAGAAAAAAUAUUACUCUAGAUAAAAUAGAAAGGAAAAUUCUUCACAUAUACAUACACACCAACAGCAGCAAGGAAAGAAAAAUUAUUUAACAUCAACAUAUUUUUUCAAAGGAUUCUGUAUACACCGUUAAAUUCACAUACAUACAAACGUUGUUAUACAUUUAGUGCACUCUCACAGUUGUUUCUCAUUAUUAGAGAGAGAGAGUGUGAGUAAAAGGAAGAGAGAGAGAGAGAGUGAAAAAAUAAUAGUUCUUUUGUAUAAUGGCGGAUGUUAUGGAUAAAAGCUCCGUUAUGGAAGCUGCUACUGUGGCAGUAGAUCCUGUUCCUGUUAGUGUUCCAGUAUUGUCAAAUGAUGAUUUACAACAUGUUAAAGAACAAGUACAACAACACCAGCAGCAGCAGCAGCAGCAGCAGCAAGAACAAAAAAAUGCUGCAGCAUCUACACCACAACAGGAUAAUUUGCAACAGCAGCAGCAACAACAACAACAGGAAAUAACAACCCAACAGAUUAUAGAUACAAAACAACAACAACAAACAACCCCACAGAUUCUGGAUACAAAACAACAGCAACAACAAAAUCCACCACAACAAUUAGAACUUAAAGAAGGUGAUAAUGACAGCGGUGUUGAUGAGUCAACUCAGGAGAAGGAACGCAACGGACCUGGUUCGCCUAGUUCACCAGCUAAGACACCAACUUCGGUAUCAUCGAAACCAGAAAAGUCAGCUACUACUUCACGACCACCAAGUACUACGCCAUCUAAUAAAUCUUCGAAAUCACGUAGUACUUCACGUAAUCGUUUGCUACUUGCUAAAACUCCUGAACCGGAACCAGUUAAAAAAGUUCCAAUGAAUAAAAUUCAAGUUGGACACGCUCCUUCACCUAAUUUGAAGGCCGUACGCUCCAAAAUUGGAUCACUCGAUAAUGCCAGCUAUAAGCCAGGUGGUGGCAAUGUUAAAAUCGAAUCAAAGAAAAUUGAAAUUAAAGCCGCUCCAAGAAUUGAAGCUAAAAAUGAUAAAUAUACACCAAAAGGCGGCGAGAAAAAGAUAAUUUCAACAAAAUUACAAUGGAAUGCCAAAUCGAAAAUUGGUUCCUUAGAAAAUGCCAGCCAUAAGCCAGGCGGUGGUGAUAAGAAAAUUGAAACAAUUAAAACUGAUUUCAAGGAUAAGGCUAAACCAAAAGUCGGUUCAAAAGAUAAUGUCAAACAUCAACCCGGUGGUGGUGACAUCAAGAUUCAAACACAAAAACUUGAAAUUAAGGCACAAAGUAAAGUUGGUUCUUUGGACAAUGUUAAGCACAAGCCUGGUGGCGGUGAAAAGAAAAUCUUUGACGAUAAGGAUUAUUUGAAAAAUAUUGAACAUGGUGUACCCUUAACCACACCACCAGCUCAGAGUCCACAACCACCAGCAUCCAUGACGACUUCAACAACUGGUGCCGAUGAAAAUUUAAAUCAGCAUACAUAAAUUUGUUAAAAUUUAAAAUUAUUUAAAAAAAGCAAAAAAAAAAUAUUUUGACCAAAAAUAUAAAAAACAAAAUUAUAUUGGAAAAUAUUUUUAAAAAACAAGAAAUUGUUAUUGAAAAAUAUUUAUCAUCUUCAUAUAAAAACAAACUACCCACAUUAAAAAACCAACAACAAAAGAUAUUAUCUAUAUAUUCAACAGUUAAAAAAAUUAUAUUAAAAAAAAUAUAAACAUAUACAUUAAAAAAAAAAUAAACAAAAUUAAAAACAUAACACACUUUACACUUCAAAAAAACUAAAAUGGCAAUAAUUAAGAAAAUUUUUGUUUUUUCAAUAAUUCUUAUUUAAUGCUUUAAAAAUUAUUGUAUUAUUAAAAAAAUUUAAUUAAUUUGUAGUAAUUUUUAUAAAUAUUUUACUUUGCCUUAAAUAGUUAAAAUUAUUUCUUAGUUUCUGUAUUAAAUAACACCUUUGUAUAUUAUUUUUAUUAUUUUCUUUUUAAAAUAAAACAAAUAAUAAACUACAUAUUAAAAAUUUAAAAAACCAAAAUGGACCGUUAUUAGUAGAGCAACUUAGAAACCACCAUUAAAGUUUUAAAAGAAAAACAUCAAACCAAAAAAAUACAAUAAAACUACUGCAUUAUCACAGGGUUUCUGUUUAAUUAUUUGUUAAAGUUUUUGUUUUUUAUUUACCCACAAAUAUUAAGGGAAACCCUAGUAAAAUUUUUUUAUUCUAAAACUUAUACGAAAAUACAUACAUAUUUACCCGUUUAUAACAAAAAAAAGUUUAUACGUAUUUAAAAUAAAAAUAUGAAAUAUAAAAAAAUAUUUAUAUUAAAAAAAAGGUAAUAAAAAAAAAUAAAUAAAAGAAUAAUUAAAAAAAUAUAUAUAUUAUAGAAAAAAAAACAAAAAAAAAACUAUUUACAACAUAAAUGUGCUUCAAAAAUGUCUUUAUGAAAUUAAAAAAAAAUCUAAAAUAUUUUUUUAUUAUUUAAAAUUACCCAGUCCAUGUUUUUCACUAAUAAAACUUCCUAAAGUUUUAACUUAUGUCAAAAUCUUUAUAUUUCAAAUCGAUUGAUUAUGUUUAUUAGUUGCCACAACUAAUUUUUGUAACAGCAACUAAAUAUUAUAACAAAGUUAACACCAGGUCGGGAAGUUUACCGUACCCAGCAGUUCGACAAAGAGUCAAUGCAUACGAAAAAGACAGUAAUUUCCACUAAUAGUUAACCACCUGGAUGAUCGUAAUUCGUAUGUUUUGGGUCAUUCGUCACGAAUGUACCCUUUGUAAUCGAGAAUGAAGACAGUCGUCACUUUAGUGUCCUCUUUGUAAGCGGGAGCGGAGACAGUCGUCUCUUUACUGUCCUCAAGUAACCUAGAGAUUAUACUCUUAAGUUGUUUUUUUUUUUUUUGUUGUACUUCCGAAAGUAGCUAUUUUACCCAUCUUUUGGAGAAAUGAUUGUUAUUUUCUACUAAUGUGGCACCAUCUGGUCAUUCAUAUAAAUAAAUUGAAAUAUUUUUUGUAUUAAAACCUUUAGUUUAAAUAGGACCCUUUCGAUUGUUUAUAUAAUACGUACUUUUUACAGAAUACAGUCCACAUAUAAUAUUUCUUAAACUCUAGGUAUUGCAGACGAUGAAAUAUCCAUUUUUGUCUUUGUAGACAAAUUUGUAGAAAACACGAUUUCGAUUUAAGAGUUCGGAGAUUUCAGUUUUCCAUAUGAAGAUAUGGGUUGACUGUGAUUUCCGAAAUACACAAUCAAUGUUUACAUUUGAAAUGAAAAUGCCAGAAUAAUUCAGAAAUUCCUUCUAGGAGAAUCGAAUUUGAUAAUCAAAGAGUUUAGUUAAACAUAUUUAUCAAAUGAACAUUUGAAUUUUGAAAAUUCUGCUGUACAGCAUCAUGUUCAAAAAUUGCAGAGGCUAACACAAUUUUAACCUAGAGACCAAAGUAGACCUUUCUAAAGGAUAGAGCUGCGCUGAAUUUCUCCAUCACAUCAAGUUUUUGAGACAUAUUGUCCUUAGAUUCUAAAGAGAUUCUAUUCGAGAUUUUCAGACUUUACAAAAUUUGUUUUGUCAUCUAAAUAGACAAGGUCCAAAAAGGUCGACUUUAAAAUAAAGGUUUAAUCUCUGUUAUAUCUCCUUUCUUCUUUGAGAUAUUUUACCCUAGACCAUAAAACUACCAUUGAGUAACAAAAAAUGAUUUUUUAACUAC